GUACGCUCUCGCGAGACCGCGCGGGGACGACGUCACCGGCGCCCUUCAGCGCGCACACAAGAUGGCGUCCGCCACUCGUUUCAUCCAGCGGCUGCGGAACUGGGCGUCCGGGCAAGACCUGCAGGCGAAGCUGCAGCUGCGCUACCAGGAGAUCGCCAAACGCACCCAGCCACCACCCAAACUGCCCGUGGGCCCCAGCCACAAACUGUCCAACAAUUACUACUGCAUGCGAGACGGCCGCCGCGAAGCCACACCCCCCUCCGUCAUCAUGUCCUUCCAGAAGGCACUGCAGCCAGGCAAGACCCCAGAGAGCUCCCCAGCCACAGCUUCUGAGAAGAAGGCCGUGACCCCGGCACCUCCCAGGAGGCCCUGGGAGCUCUCCAAGGACCAGCCGUACCUGUGACACCGCCCCCGGGUGCCUGGCCCCGUCCCCAACGGGGCAUCUCCUUCUGGGCAAAAGUGACCUAAUUUAUGACAAAUAC